UCAGUUUAACAUGGCGUCUCUGUGUCACCGUGCCUUGUUUAUGUUCCUCUGGUUAGUCCAUGUAGAUGGAUUUACUCCCACCGUCUAUUAUAUGGACGAUAAAUGUUCGGAAACUCUCACGGUGACAAAGGACCUGCGAAUUAAGCUGACAUCCUUACCCAACACUCCUCUGGAUUAUGGCUGGGUUUGCUCCAUAAUCUUCCAGAGUUCAUUUCCAGGGGACAAACUGAUGGUGAAGAUAAGAUCAUUCAGCACUGUGGGGACCGUACUCUGUUACAAGAACAGUCUCACAAUAUAUGAUGGUGCGAAUACAUUAACAAGUCUGAAUGGAGCCAGUGGGGACUGUGGGAAUGUGCCAAGCAAAACCUAUAUCUCAAGUGGAAAAACGUUGAAAUUUGUGUUUCGAACGGAUUUCACUCUAAACCAACGUGGUCAGUUUGACAUCUUGCUAGUGUCAUUCGGGAAUUGCACGAACAGUCGCUUUAUGUGUGACAACGGUCGAUGUGUCAGCAACGACCUUACAUGUAACGGCUUCAACGACUGCGGAGACAACUCGGAUGAGAACAGUGGCUGUGAAAAAGGCAAUUCAUUGCAAUUGGGAACAGGCGCCAUCGCGGGCAUAGCUGUAGGAGCGAUAGCUUUUAUUGUGAUCGUGGUGGUCCUUUCUCUCGUCCGCAGGAUGUACAGGAGAAGACACUGCGUUACUGAUACCCAUUGUCACGCCAGCCCACCAUCUUGUUCUCCAGGAAGCUACCCUUCUUCUAUGUCGUAUGGAUAUUGAUUCUAGCAGCAGUGUACACACGGAUCUCAAGUCUACUUCGGUCAUGAGAUUGCGCAUUUGAUUGAUUUCCUGUAUGCUUGCUCAAAGGAAUAUAUGGAAUAUAUUCUGUUUGUCA